AUGCGUCGUCCAGUGCCCAUUCAGGGUCAGGCUCCCCCUCCAGCUGCUAACUUCAACCAACAAAUGCUAUCAUCAGGACUGUCAGAUAUGAAUCAGCCAGCAGGACUGACCAUGGUACAACAUCAUCUGUCCUUGCUCACUCCCGAGGCAUGGGUAGCCCUUUUCAGCCAGAUGCAGAAGAUUCUGCCUCCUCCCCCACCUCCUCUGCUAGCACCACUAGUGCCAGUAAUCCAGCCAAAUCUGGAACUUCUAUCAUUGAUGCAAGACCUUGCUCGAAGGAUGGAAGGAAUCGAGAAGGAUGUGUCGACAAUUAAACAUCAGAAUGUCAAUGAGGACCUUGCAACUGAUGGAGAUGUUGACACUGAAGAAGAAAAUCAACCCUGUCCUCAACAGAAGCAUGCAAAAAAGAAGAAAUCCAAGGAACAAGCAUAUAUCCCGAAUGUGGCAAAGGUGAGGCUUACUGCAGCACAACUGACCACAUGUUCAGUGCAAAUAGUUGCCUCUGCUCUUCAAUCUGCUGUCACUAAGACAUAUCAGGAAUGUCUGCACAAGACCAUUUACGAUCUCACCGGACUCAUUGCAAGUGAAAUCGGUAGUGAUGGAAGUGAUGACACAAUGUCCAAUCCACCAAAGAUGAUGUUCGACUUCCAGGCUGGAACUCCUUAUGCACCCAUCAAGAUGUAUGAACAGGACCCUCGAGGCUUCAAAAAACGAGAAGGUCAGCAUGAUGAGGAUCUCCCCCAAGGCAAUAGUGAGAAGGCCAGCAAAAAUGGCAGCACUGACAGCCACAGUGUGAAUGGUGAUGGCGAUGGUGAUGAUGGUGAUGAUAUCUUGGAUGGUGAUUUGUGA